AGAGAGAGAGAGAGAGAGAGAGAGAGAGAGAGAGAGAGAGAGAGAGAUGGGCAAGAGGAUAGAAGGAAUCCUUCACAUGGUCGGAGGAGCUGGGGAAACCAGCUACGCCUCCAAUUCUAAGUUUCAGGAGAAGGUACUUCACAUGGCGAAGCCAAUACUGGAGGAGGCAAUUGGAGGGGUUUACAUGUCGCUGCUCCCCGAGAGGAUGGCCGUGGUCGACUUAGGUUGUUCCUCGGGCCCUAACACUUUGGAGGUGGUCUCCGAGGUGCUCGACGUGAUUGGCAAGCUACGUCGGAGCCUGGGACGCCAGGAGAUGCCGGAGAUCCUGUUCUUCUUGAAUGACUUCCCGGGGAAUGACUUCAAUCACGUCUUCCGGUCUCUGGGAGAUUACAAGAGGAAGGUCGAGGAGGAGAAGGGGAAGCUGCUGGUGCCAUACUACGUCGUGGGAGUUCCAGGUUCCUUCUACGGCAGGCUUUUCCCUAGUCAAAGUGUCCACUUCUUCAACGCUUCCAGCUGUCUCAACUGGCUCUCUCAGGUUCCUGAAGGUGAACAGGGAGUUCUACUCAACAAUAAGAACAUCUAUGUUGCAGAGACAAGCCCACUGGAAGUUGUGAAAGCAUAUCAAGACCAACGCCAAAGAGACUUGUCAGAGUUCCUUCGGUGCCGUCAUGCAGAACUAACCUACGGAGCAAGAAUGGUAUUGUCAUUUGUAGGAAGGAAAGCGAGUUAUCCACCCUGGGGAGACAUGGGACACCUUUUCGGCCUGUUAGCCGAAGCCCUGAGUGCUUUGGUGUCACAGGGUAUCAUAGAGGAGGACAAACUGGUGACCUUCAAUUUGCCGUAUUAUGCACCUUCCAUGGAAGAAGUAAAGGCAGUGAUCCAUAGGGAAGACAGUAUAGUAAGCGGAAAGAACGUCGUAGGAUAUAUGAGAGCAUCGUUUCAACCCUUGAUUGCAGAGCAUUUCGGGGAUGCCAUACUGGAUGAGUUAUUCUCUAUAUAUGCAGCCAAUAUCUCCAGGCAUCUCCUUCAACAGAAAAGUAAGCACUACCAAUUUGUCAUUUCAUUGAAGAAGAAGGAGAAGAAGAAGGAGGAGGAGGAGGCUGACGGCGAUGCUGCUGCUGCUGCUGCUGCUUGGUGA